CCAGACGCCUGUCUCCUCCGUCAGGACCCCGGCGGCUGCCAGAAUUACUCCAUGAAGUGGUUUUUCGACCGGCUUCAGAAGGAAUGCGCUCGCUUCUGGUACGGUGGCUGCGGCGGCAACAACAACCGCUUCGAGACUCGAGUGGAGUGUGAGAAGAUGUGUGCGACGAAGAAUCGAUGAGGAGGAAGAGCAACUGAACCCAAUCUGGACUCAGCAGCUGAUGACUGAACCAGGAAACGUUGUCUUCUUCUACAUACAUGUCAAAUUUCUACGGAGGCCCUGAAGAGUCAUAGCUGGUACGUUUCUACAGAUUUAGAAGAAAGACUUUGAGUUUUCCUCGGAGUCAUGAAGGUGGACAUUAAAGACUUCGACUUUAACACGACACAAACUUCAACACGCAGAUAAUUCGUCUUUUUGUUCAGAAGUUUGAGGAUUUUCUGAUCUGUUCUCUUGGUCCCAGUACGACAAAAACUCUGGUUCUGUUUGGUCAUGUGGUAGAAGCUGCAGGAUGGUUCUGAUUCUGGUUUGUUUCUGGGUCUCAGCAGUCCAGUUUGAGCCUUUAACAACAACAGAACUGGUCAUUAUAAAAUCCAGGAUCAGUGUCGGAGGAACAGAGUAAUCUGAAUUACAGAAAGUCUUCAGAUUAUCAGCCCAUAAACCCAUCUGCACGUUAAGUUCUUCUGCUCCACAACACCGGGUCGUCUUCAGGUUCUGCAGAAGGUUCUCAUGAAGACGAACAAGAACUUCAGUUACUCUGUGAAUCUGACGGACAUGACCUGAAGAUUGGACUUCUUUCAAACACAAGAUAAAACAUAAAAAACACAAACGCCGUGUGCAAAUCCUUAAAGAAACAAGACUCCAUGUUAAACUCGAGUGUUUUUUCAACUGUUAGAAGAAUCUGUGAGAAACAGAAAGUUUGUUUUUUAUUCACUACAUCAGGAAACUUGUGUUCAUGAUAAUAAUGAGUAGGUGGCACCACUCAG